GGUAGCCUUAUUUGGGUGUUUGUAUUUCGUAAAUUGUCAAAUGCCAACAGAAAAUGAGGAUUCAAAGCUCUCUUCUUCCUUCAAACCCUCUCCUCUAUCUCUCUAUAUAUACUCUCCAAUGUAUUCUCCUUCGCAUUUUCCGGCUAACUUUUUCUUCCUUCAGAUCCCUAAUUUCACCUUAAACCCUAGAUUUUUCCCCUUUUUAGGGUUUCCUCUUCUCAAUUUCUCCCCCAAUUGCUUCGAUUUCAAUCUCAAUUUCUUCCUAUUCUUGACUGUAAUGUCAUGGCGCAGCAGGUUCCGCAACCUCAACCUCAGCCGCAGCAGCAGUCAUCUUCGCGGCUCAAUCGUCUCCUCACCUUGCUCGAUACCGGGUCGACGCAGCAAACUCGUUUCGCAGCUGCGAGGCAAAUCGGGGACAUCGCUAGGUCGCACCCUCAGGAGCUGAAUCCGUUGUUGCGGAAGGUGUCGCAGUGUUUGAGGAGUCGGAAUUGGGAUACGAGAGUUGCUGCGGCGAAGGCAAUUGGGGCAAUUGCGGAGAACACGAAGCGGGUUUCGAUCGAGCAGCUAGUUGAUAUUUCGGCGAAGAAGGUUUCCGAUGCCGGGUUCAGGUGCCCUGAGUUGAAGCCGAAGAAUGAGGCAAGUAUUUCAUCGUUUCGUAGUUUUGAUAUUAAUAAAGUGUUGGAAUUUGGGAUUUUAUUGGCUUCUGGGGGGCAGGAAUAUGAUGUUAGUGAUGAUAAUAAUGCUAAGAAUUCUAAACAAAGAUUGGCUAGACAAAAGAAGAAUCUUCGUAGGAGAUUGGGGCUUGAUAUGUGUGAACAGUUUAUGGAUGUUAGUGAUAUGAUUAGGGAUGAGGAUCUUGUGAUGUUUCCAUCUUCGGAAUCAUCAAAAACUGUAGGUGAUUAUAGUAGGAAGAGAGGUGGGUAUCGGGCGUUUCGGUUGCAGAGGCCGAGUGCCAGGGAAUUGAAUCUUUUGAAGAGGAAAGCGAAGGUUAAUUCGAAUGAUGUUAGGUGUGGGGUGAAUGUGGGGGUGCAGAAGGCUGGGGCUGUUUCGUCGGGUGGGUCUGAGGCGUUUAGGGGAGGUAGUGGGUCGGGUAAGGGAUCGGUGGAGUCGGCUACUGAUGAUGAUGGGGUGGAACUUGAGGAAGAUGGGUGUUGGCAGUUUCAUGGGUAUGUUGAACAGCUUCUUGUUGAUAUGUUUGAUCCUGUUUGGGAGAUUCGUCAUGGGAGUAUUAUGGCCUUGAGGGAAAUUUUGACUUAUCAGGGUGCUUAUGCUGGGGUGUCUAUGAAUGACUCGGGCUCUCGAGGUGGUCGGGCAGUGGAUAAUGCGAGUGAGAAAGUGAGGUUACCUGUGAAAAGAGAGAGAGAAAUUGACUUGAAUUUGGAAGUUCCAGAAGAUGGGUCUAUGGAGAUUUUGAAAAGGGUGAAGCAUGAAGGCAUUGAACCAUCUUCGGAGCAAAUGGGUGUGAAGGUUGAGCAAAAUGGAGAAAAUGCUUCUAGCCUAACUGAAGCUAAUGUUGGUUCUGUAAUAAUGAAAUCUGAACCCGAUGUUUUAGAGACAAAGAGUGUGAGUGAAGGUGGUGAUUUGCAUAUGAUAGAUUCAAUUGAUGCUGCUGAGAAGAAGGUAGAUGUGGUGGAAAGUCUUAGCACGAAUCCUGAGCUGAUGAAUUUGGUUGGAUCAGCUAGGAAUUCAUGGCUUAGAAAUUGUGAGUUUUUACAAGACUGUGCUAUUUGCUUCCUUUGUGUGCUAUCAUUGGAUCGUUUUGGAGAUUAUGUAUCAGAUCAAGUUGUUGCUCCUGUGAGGGAAACAUGUGCUCAAGCGUUAGGGGCUGUGCUCAAGUACAUGGCCCCUGGAUUAGUGCGGGAAACUAUGAAUAUAUUAUUGCAAAUGCAGAGGAGACCAGAAUGGGAAAUUCGCCAUGGCAGCCUGUUGGGGAUUAAAUAUCUGAUUGCUGUACGGAGAGAGAUGAUGUCUGAUUUGCUGGGGUUUGUUCUACCUGCUUGCAAAAGUGGACUGGAAGAUCCUGAUGAUGAUGUCAGAGCAGUUGCUGCUGAUGCUCUUAUACCCGCUGCAUCUUCUAUUGUUGCUAACAUGAAUCAGUUGCUGCAUCCGAUUGUAAUGCUGUUGUGGGAUAUUUUGCUUGAUUUAGAUGAUCUUAGCCCGUCUACCAGUAGUGUCAUGAAUCUUCUGGCAGAAAUCUAUACUCAUGCAGGGUUGACUGGAAAUAUGCUUGAUACGUUGAUACUGCAGGGUCCUCAGGAACUUGAUCUAAAUGAAGAUUUGUCAUACAAAGAUGAAUUGGAGGUAACAGCAGCAAACGAAAACCCUUAUAUGUUAUCAGCUCUGGCUCCACGUUUAUGGCCAUUUAUGAGACAUAGUAUCUCAUCGGUUCGAUAUUCAGCCAUUAGAACGCUGGAAAGGCUGCUUGAAGCUCGAUAUAAAAGACACAUCACUGAGCCUUCUGCUGAUUCUUUUUGGCCUUCCUCAAUUUUGGGUGACACCCUUCGCAUUGUCUUCCAGAAUUUGCUGCUGGAGUCAAAUGAAGAAAUUUUACAGUGCAGUGAGAGGGUGUGGAAGCUAUUGCUUCAUUGCCCUGUUAUGGAUCUAGUGACUGCUGCAAGUUCCCAUAUCUCCUCGUGGUUGGAGUUGGCUACUACUCCUUAUGGCUCCGAAUUGGAUAUUAAAAAGAUGUUCUGGCCUGUCGCCCCACCUCAGAAAGGAAGAUUUGUCACUGCUGCAAAAAUGCGGGCUGUGAAGGUGGACAGUUAUGCUGGAAGAGGUGGUAAUGUAGGGGCUGCAAAAGGGACCAUACUAGAGGACUCUGGAGAUGCUUCUGCUUCCUCUGUCAAGAUAGUUGUCGGUGCUGAUUCGGAGAAGUCUGUGACUCGCACGCGAGUAGUGGCUGCAGCAGCUUUGGGUAUUCUUGCUUCAAAGUGGCCAGAGUCAUCAAUACACCAUAUAACUGAUCCAUUAUGGAAAGAUAUAUCCUCAUUAUCUGGUGUCCAGCGGCAGAUAUCUUCGAUGGUUCUGAUUGCUUGGUUUAAGGAGAUGAAAAAUGGGGAUGUUUCACCAGCACAGGGAGUUAAUUCUGCUCUUUUUGAACAAUUUAAGAUUUGGCUGCUGGAUUUGUUGGCCUGUACUGAUCCUUCUUUGCCAACAAAAGAUUCAUCACUACCUUAUGCUGAGCUGUCAAGAACAUACUCCAAGAUGCGCAGUGAAGCCAGUCACUUGCUCCAAGCUGUUGAGUCAUGUGGAAUGUUGAAGGAUCUUUUGUCAACUACUAGUAUUGACCUUGGAAAUUUGGGUAUGGAUGAUGCAGUGGACUUUGCUCUGAAAGUUGUGCUGCCUAGCUAUGAUAGCUCUGUAGAGAGCCCCGGAGAAAAGCUUGUUUUAGAUGAUGUAGAGUCCUCAAGACAACGUUUACUGACAACCACUGGCUAUUUGAAGUGUGUGCAAAGCAAUUUGCAUGUUACUGUUUCUUCUUUGAUUGCUGCUGCAAUUGUAUGGAUUUCAGAUCUUCCUAAAAGGCUUAAUCCAAUUAUCUUGCCCUUGAUGGCUUCUCUGAAAAGAGAACAAGAGGAAAUACUGCAACAGAAGGCUGCUGAAGCUCUUGCUGAGCUUAUCGAUGAUUGUAUUGCACGUAAACCCAGUCCUAAUGAAAAAUUGGUCAAGAACGUUUGUAGUUUGACCUGCAUGGACCCUUCUGAGACACCUCAAGCAGGAAUCAUAACAUCAAUGGAAGUCAUUGAGGACCAGGAACUCCUUUUAUGUAGAAGCAUGAGUUCAAAUCAGAGGUCUAGGGGCCGUUCAGUAGCUAGUGUUGAAGAGAGAUCAAAGGUUGAAGGUUUCAUCAGCAGGCGAGGAGCUGAACUUGCUCUUAAGCACUUGUGUAAAAAGUUUGGGGCUUCCUUGUUUGACAAAAUUCCCAAGUUAUGGGAUUGUCUUUCAGAAGUUCUUAAGCCCAUUGAUCUGCAAGGGGAAGUUUCUGCUGAAGAGAAAAAGAUUACGGUAGCAAUUGAAUCUAUCAGUGAUCCUCAACUUUUGAUAAAUAACAUACAAGUGGUACGCUCAAUUGCCCCUUUGCUGGAUGAUGCAUUGAAGCCAAAACUGCUCACUCUCCUCCCAUGCAUUUUCAGAUGUGUUCGUCAUUCACAUGUUGCUGUUAGAUUAGCCGCUUCCAGAUGUAUUACUACUAUGGCAAAGUCCAUGAUAGUUAGUGUGAUGGCAUCUGUGGUUGAGAACGCUGUGCCUAUGUUGGGUGAUACUGCAUCCGUUCCUGCCAGACAAGGAGCAGGUAUGCUUAUUGGUCUGCUUGUCCAAGGAUUGGGAAUGGAACUGGUCCCUUAUGCUCCCUUGUUAGUUGUUCCUCUUCUUAGGUGCAUGAGUGAUUCUGAUGCUUCAGUGAGGCAGAGUGUGACACGGAGUUUUGCUGCAUUGGUGCCUUUUCUUCCUUUGGCGCGCGGCCUUCCUCCGCCUGCUGGAAUCAAUGAUAGCUUGUUACGAGACAAAGAGGAUGCAAAAUUCUUGGAGCAGCUACUUGAUAAUUCUAGCAUCGAUGACUAUAAACUUUUUACCGAGUUAAAGGUAACCUUAAGGAGAUACCAACAAGAAGGCAUUAAUUGGUUAGCUUUUCUUAGACGUUUUAAAUUGCAUGGAAUUUUAUGCGAUGAUAUGGGACUUGGUAAAACCCUACAAGCUUCUGCAAUUGUUGCAUCAGAUAUAGCCGAACAUUGCCUGAUAAAUAAUGGCAAAGAGCCUCUUCCCUCUUUGAUUGUUUGCCCUUCAACUCUUGUUGGUCAUUGGGCAUAUGAGGUAGAGAAGUUUAUUGAUCCUGCUGUUAUCAGUACUCUUCAAUAUGCUGGCUCUGCUGAAGAACGUAUUACCAUUAGAAGUCUCUUUAACAAGCAUAAUGUUAUCAUAACUUCAUAUGAUGUUGUGCGUAAAGAUGUCGAUUUUUUUGGGCAGCUUCAGUGGAAUUAUUGCAUCUUGGAUGAGGGGCAUGUUAUAAAAAAUGCCAGGUCAAAGAUUACUGCUGCUGUGAAGCAGUUGAAAGCUCAAAAUCGUCUUAUACUCAGUGGAACUCCUAUUCAAAAUAACAUUUUGGAUUUGUGGUCUCUUUUUGAUUUUUUGAUGCCUGGUUUUCUUGGGUCCGAUAGACAAUUUCAAGCUUUAUAUGGAAAGCCCUUGUUGGCAGCAAGAGAUCCGAAAUGUUCUGCUAAGGAUGCUGAAGCUGGUGCUUUAGCUAUGGAGGCACUGCACAAGCAGGUGAUGCCGUUCUUGCUCCGACGAACAAAAGAUGAAGUCUUAUCUGAUCUUCCUGAGAAAAUCAUUCAGGACAGAUAUUGUGACCUUAGCCCUGUUCAAUUGAAACUAUAUGAGCAGUUUUCAGGCUCCCAUGCUAAAAAGGAAAUAUCAAGUAUUGUCAAUCUGGAUGACUCCUACAAAGAGGCUAAGGAUGAAAAAUUUGCUCCUAAAGCAUCAUCACAUAUCUUCCAGGCACUUCAGUAUCUGCUCAAACUUUGCAGUCAUCCACUGCUAGUAGCUAGUGAUGAUGCAGUUGAUUCACUAAAACAUAUUUUGUCAGAUCUCCUUCCUGGAAGUCCUGAUGUCAUCUCUGAACUCCAUAAACUUCACCACUCUCCUAAAUUGAUUGCUCUUCAGGAGAUCCUGGAAGAGUGUGGGAUAGGUGUUGAUGCAUCAAAUUCUGAAAGCAUGAUUAACUUUGGUCAGCAUAGAGUUUUGAUAUUUGCUCAGCACAAGGCCUUGUUGGACAUAAUAGAAAGAGACUUGUUCCGUAACCAUAUGAGAAAUGUGGCAUAUCUGCGCUUGGAUGGAUCCGUACAUACAGAAAAGCGUUUUGAUAUAGUCAAAGCUUUUAAUUCUGAUCCUACAAUUGAUGUAUUGCUGCUUACAACGCAUGUUGGCGGGCUUGGUUUGAAUUUGACAUCAGCUGACACUCUUAUUUUUAUGGAGCAUGACUGGAAUCCAAUGCGAGAUCUCCAGGCAAUGGAUAGAGCACACAGGCUUGGUCAAAAGAAAGUAGUGAACGUACAUCGUCUCAUCAUGCGGGGAACUCUAGAAGAGAAAGUUAUGAGCCUUCAGAAAUUCAAAGUAUCAGUUGCUAAUUCUGUUAUCAAUGCAGACAAUGCCAGCUUGAAAACAAUGAACACAGAUCAGCUCUUGGACCUUUUCACGCCUGCUGAGAACUCCAGAAAGGGUGGCUUAAAACUGAAGAACUCUGAGGGCAAUUCAAAUGAAAAUAAAAAAGGAUCUGGAAGUGGCAAAGGCUUGAAAGCCAUUCUUAAUGGUCUGGAAGAACUCUGGGAUCAAUCACAAUACACAGAAGAAUACAAUCUUGACCAGUUUCUAUCAAAGCUCAAUGGUUGAGCAUCAAAACUGGUGGAAAUUUGUAUAUAUUUUGUAUACGGAGGGUCAAAACAGCUCCAUGUUUUAUAGAGUGCUUCUCCUCCAUUUGUGUAAUUGUUGCCUGUCAGCUCUGCUGGAAUAGCACGUUUACAAGGCCAGGGGUGGUUCAGGGAAGAGCAAUGGGAACAAUUCAAGUAACAGAGGACUGCGUUUUCUGCCUGUUGCUCUUCCAAGUACAUCUGCUUGGGCAAAAUCAUGUAGAUUGUAAGAGAUGUCAGAUGAAGGAGAUGGAGGAAGCCACCAUUUCAGCCUUUCAGGUUGAUCUUUUGUGGUGAAACAAGAUUGCCUCUCUUCUUUUUGUAAAGAGGAACACAGCUGAUGAGAGAAUUUUUAUCCAGUUUAACAUUCAAAUCGACAAGUGUAGUGGAAGUUGCCAAGAAGUGGUGAAUUUUGAAAUUGUCCAUUUUUUUGGAUCUGAACUCUGAAGCCGAUGAACAUAUGCAAAUUUUGGAACAAGUAAACAUUAUUAACAUGCAAAUGAAGUAAUGAAGCCUUUGAACUGAUUAUAUCUGGUGAAGAAAGUAGAUGUCUGACCACUAUUCAAUUGAUUUAUAGUUGGAUUCUAAAGCAUAGCUGGUUUUCUUGAGAUAUGUUGGAUGUGAUGUUUAGCUUUCUACUCCUAUUAAAUUAGAAAGAAAUCAAGGAGUCCUCCGCAUGUCUUCUUCCUUAUGAUCAAAUCACAAUGUUCAUUACUAGAAGGGUCUUAUCUUGCUCUUUCCUGUAGCUUCAAUUAUCUUUUUAUUCCGGCUAGCUUUCUCCCAAUUUUUUAGCUGCUUUGCAUUUUGGUGAAUGCUGUUUGCUUAAUGCAAUCAGUCCGCAGGUCUUUUCUGAAGCGUUUGAGGUAUCAAAGAUGUGAUAUAUAAGUCAUUGUAGUACCUUGCAAUUUGCAUCAACUUGCAAAUUGAAUGCUGUCAGAAAUCCAGUUUUUUUUUUUUUUUUUUUUUUUUUUUUUUU